GUUUGACUGAGUGCUUUAGUUGCAGCUUAUCAGACAAAGGGACACUGAUCACACUUGAGUUGAGUUCUGUGUCUUCAACUACACAUUCCAUCAACAUGACCACCUUUGGAGAUAUUCUACAGAACAUCGGGGAGUUUGGAACUUUCCAGAAGCUCAUCAUUUGUGCACUGAGCUUCCCGAAUAUGAUUUUAGGCUUUGAGUUUGCCUGCGUCUUUUUUAUCCAGUCUGAUCCGGAGCGACAUUGCAACACGGAUUGGAUCCUCGAGGCAGACUCGAACCUGACAUCGGAUGAGCAGCUCAACUUGACCGUUCCUCGCGAGCGCGAUGGUUCUUUCAGCCGAUGUCGCAUGUUUGUGCCAUUUGAUCUCGUAUGUGACCGGGCAAAUUUACUUCAAGUGGCACAAACAGUGAUGAUGUCUGGCAUUUUGCUUGGCUGCCUCUUAUUCGGACCUUUUGCUGAAUCGUUCGGCCGCAAACGAGCAGCUCAAAUUCCACUGGUCGUAGUCCUCAUUUUUACUGUCACCACUGCAUUGUGCCCCAACUAUCUCUUGUAUCUGAUAUCCCAGUUUCUGAUGGGCCUUGGCUAUGGAGGUUUUCGGCUAAAUGGCAUCAUACUGGCCACUGAGUGGAUCGGUGCAUCCAAGAGGUCAUGGGGGGUGGCGGCAACUCAACUAUGUGGUGCAGUUGGACAGGCCGUCCUUGCUGGUCUGAUUUACGUUGUCAGAGACUGGAGAGUAGCUCAGUUGAUCACUGCAGCUCUACUUGGUGUCAUUGUCGUUUAUAUAUGGUUCCUUCCAGAGUCAGCCAGGUGGUUGUUGGAGAGAGGCAGGACAGAGGAGGCCAAAGAAUUGCUUUUCAAGGUGGCGUCUAUCAAUAAACGCAGAUUUUCAGAAACUCUCCUGGAAAAGAUUGCGGUAAAAGAAACAGAGAAAAAGAGCAACAUUUUAAUGCUUAUCCAAUCACCAGUGCUCCGGAAAUAUUUAUUUGCCAUAUUAUUUACAUGGUUCUCAGUGAAUGUUGCAUACUACUGCAUUUCAUUCAAUGUGGGCAAUUUUGGCUUGGACGUCUUUCUGACACAGCUUAUAUUUGGAGUGACUGAAAUACCCGUUCAUCUGGUUUGCGUCUGGCUAUUGGAAGCGCUGGGCAGAAGAGUAUCUUUCAUUUCAACACUUCUGGUUGGAGGCGUCUUGUGUAUGUUGAUACUCACUUUUAAUCAGGGAAAUAAUGUUGCUGUUACCGUAUUGGCCACCUCAGGACGCUUUAUCAUCAAUUGGGCUGGAACCAUAUGCAAUGUUUAUGUUCAAGAGUUAUUCCCAACAUCUUGUCGACAAACUGCUUCUGGGGUGGGCUCCAUCGCAAGUCGAGCCGGUGGUCUUAUUGCUCCAUUGGUCAACAUGUUGGCUAUGUACCACUGGUCCAUACCCGUCAUAAGUUUCAGUGGCCUCACACUGCUCAGUGGGGGUCUCUGCUUCAUACUUCCUGAGACACGGGGGAAAGAGCUGCCAGAUUCGUUUGAUGAGGCUGAAAGCAACAGGAGCAAGAAGGCAACAAAGAAAGAGAGUGACUCAAAUGUUAUCCACAUCAAAUCAAGUAAACUGUAAUAUAUUCACUUCUAUUAAUUUCAAUUCAUUCACAUGUCAAAUAUUACAGCUGCGAUAUUUACCAUGAUGAGGGCAAGGUGACACAUACACAGGCGACAUGCCUGUCAAUACACACGCUCACACACACACACACACACACACACACACACACACACACACACACACACACACACACACACACACACACACACACAACAAAGGCCGAUGUACUAAACACCCUUCCGGCUUUUACAACUUGGAGGGUGUUGAUGCACGGACAAGAGUAGAAUUCCUUGUUGCAAACUAAUGUGAUCAGUCCUGCUUUUUGCAUGGACAUUUUCACUUUAGGGGACCUACAAUGUGUCAUAGUCAAUUGUAUUUUAUUUAAUACUUCAAUGUGUUUAUAUUCUAAUGUUUAUGUGAAGUUACUGAAGUUACUGUUUAUGUCAAUCAUUAAAUGCAGAAUGGUUCAUGUUGUAA